GUAUGUGGCCAAACAAUUUAUGAUUUUCAUGUUUUUGUUCGCUGUUGGUUGUCCAUCUCGUUCAGUGUUCUAACUAAAAUCUUCAGCAAAAUGGAGAAAGAAGAGCCAGCAGUGGUGAGAAGGAAACUAUCUGGAAACGAAAACACAGAGACUAAACCUACUUUAGAAAACAUGGACAAGAUUUCUGGUGAAAAAAGUCAUACAAAAAAUGAAGAGAAUAAACAUGAUAAAAAACCAAGUUGCAAGGCGUACACCAAAGAAGUAUCCCAAUGGUUGAUGCAGUAUCGCACACACCAAUGGAUGCAUUAUUGCUCGCAACAUGCUCUCAUGAUGGCACCAUGUUUCUUCGGUUCACCGUUUUCACCUAUGCCUCCGCCUGGAGCAGACACGCCCACCUCUCCACCAGGAUUCCCAUCGAUGGGUGGGGUUGCUGCUGGCCAGGGCCCCGCCCCUUUUCCGGGUCAGCAGAUGCAAGUACCAGCAGCAGCACAGUUUCCAUUCACCUAUCAGCAACCACCGACUGUUCCGCAGCAGCAGCAACAGCAGCAACAGCAGCAAACUCAUCCUCAAAUUCCUCAGUUAACAGCGAGUGAGUUCACGCUGCCCUCCUUGUACCGUCGCAUCACGGCAGAAAUAAUCGACUUCGUCCUACUCUUCAUAGUGAAGUUUGGCGUUACUCUGUUCAUCAUAGAAUACAUGGGCAUUGUAGAUCCAAGUAGUUUCAUGAUGCGUUUCUUGAUUGAAGAAAUUGAUGAAGAUUCUACGUUUGAAGAUCUACAACAGAUGCUAGUGUUUGCUCUCAUCUAUCGGGUUGUGGUGUGUGGCUACGAGACUUUUUUCCUGAAGUACAUGCACGGGCUUGGGAACACAGUAGGCGGAGCGACCCCCGGCAAGUACUGCAUGGGACUGCGAGUUGUGUCAUGCGAUCGAGUACAAGGUCUAGGUGGGAAUAAAGCACUGGUUGUUAGCCCAGAGAAUUUGACGUACCUACAAGCACUUCUCCGAGCGGUCAUCAAGAAUUUCUCCAUGGCGUUCUUUUUCCCAGCAUGCAUCACAGUUUUUUUCAAUCCUCAUUUUCGGGCAGCGUACGACAUCCUCACACGGACGGUCGUCGUUUCUGUUCCCAAUUGGGCAGAGAGACUCAGACCACAGAACAGGUAGUCAGGCCUGAGGUAGCUCAUCAGCACAAGGUUCAGAAUGUAGAUAGUUCCCAAUUGGGAAUGGCUGGGCCGCUGGGGUAACAUUGAAUUUACAUGUACUAGAAGUCUCUUUUCCAGACUGAAUUCUUUGGGGAGGCACUACAAUUAUAACCCCAGCAGUUAGAGAUGCAACUGGCUAUUGGGAAUUUGAAGAAAAAGAAUCUAACGAUAAAAAAACUUGUGCCCGGAAUUUGGGUGAUGUGAUUCAAGCACCGGCGUCGCAUUCAGUGUGAAUCACGCUGGUAGUAUACACUGGGACUGGGGAACCCCCAAAAUAAUGAUGAAAUUAUAACAAUAGGGUUUGAAUUGUACACUGGACCGCUUGCCCAAGCCCAGUAGUUUUAGUGUAGGGCUAGGAAACUUGUGACCCCACAAGUUGGGCGGUCUUAUGUUUUCAAUUUAAUAAUAAUAAUAAUACGUUUACCUCAGUGUGUGAGAUCUGAACAGACACAAUUUUCUUUUUAAAUGUUGACUGUGAAUUUGAUAAAAUACCUCUUAAUUCAAAUGCAGUAUACAGGGUAUGCAAAGGGGCAGAUUAGAUCAAUCUUCUCUUACAUGUCAUCAUCAUCAUCAGGCCAUCUUGUCAGAUGUCUUCUUGUCAGGCCAUCUUGUCAGAUGUCUUACAUGUACAUGUCUUAUUAUACACAUUUUGACUGAAGUGCAAUAUUUAUCAAAUUAUGCUAGUCUCAAAUUUGAAACAGGAAAAGAAACUUGGAAAAGAAAAUUAUUUUUGGUUUUUUACCCAUACACCGAUGUGUGUUAGCCCUGUAUACUCAGUACUUUC